AUGGCCGAGCUAACGAAUGCCCAGAGACAGCUCGUGGCCAACGCUCGUGCGAGAAAAGAAGGCAAGGCGCUGUCUGAAAAACUUAAAGAACAAGCUGAAGCGGAGAGACACGACCACUUGGCCAGCAAGAAACGACUGGCACAGCAGCGCCAAAAGCCUCCCCUUGACAACAAAUUGGCGAUUCGGUUUGUCAAGCAAGACUUAGCACAGUUUGCACUCCACAAGGACUGGAAGAAGAAGCGCCAUCGAAAGGACAAGACCCGGGCGAGUACCGUGCCCGAUGCGACCUCAGGUGGGACGUCGAACCAACCCGACAGGGAUGCGCUGGAUUGGGACGAUGACAGCGCACACCGUCGCCCCCCGCGCUACCGCCCCCCGAACGCCUGGGCCAAACUGUACGAGGUUGAUGCCCAAGAAGUCGAACGGGAAAAACAGGACAAACGCAACGCUGCCAUCAACGCCAUGCACGAAAAUCGCAUGCAUCUCAUGCAUCAAGAGGCGGAGAAGCAGCGCCGUCGGCAGAUCGAGGCCGAGCACAGCGCCAAGUACUUUGAGCAACAGGAGCAGGAACUCGCCAAGUACAAGGAACAAGUCAAGCAAAUGCAAAUCGCCAAAGAAGAAAAGCAAAAGCAAACGAAUGCCGAGUUCACGCGUAUGGUGGCGGAGACCCAGCAAAAGCGCGAGCGCCAGAAGAAAGCCAAGAUGCAUGCCGAGCUGCGCGAAGUCGACAAUGCCAAAGCAUCGCUCGAAGCAGAGCGCCUGCGGCUGGAAGAAGUCAAGCGAGUGAAAGCCAUUCAAGUCGAGCAAGUCAAGAUUGAGAACCAAAAGCUUCAAGACGCCAAGCGGGCGGAGAAGUUGCGCAUGCAGGAGCACGAAAACGCCAUGACACAGGAAUAUCAAAAGCGGUUGGCAGCGCAAGAACAGGCGCGAAAAGACGAACUCCAAAAGACGUACGAGCGACAGGAGAAACGAGUCACGAUGGCAUUACUGAACGUGGUGUCGCCGGAAGAAAAGGCGAGGCUGGACGAAAUCCGGGCGGCGGCUAUCCAGGCUGCCGAGCGGAACAAGGAUGAAGCGAGGCUAGAAGAGAAGCGCCGUAAGCAGCGUGAGUUGGACAUCCUACAAGGCGCGGAGCUGCGCAAACAGCAAGAAGACAAGCGAAAACGACUGGAGGCCGAGCGUCAAGCCGCGGCGCACAUCGACGCAAUCGGCGCGCAAGAUGCGCUCGCCGCUGAGAUGGCCGCGCGGGCCAAGCAAGCCAAGAAGGACGCCAUGGAUCGUGAAUAUCGAGCGAAACUGGCGCAGCAAAUGGCAGCAGAGCACCAUCGCAAAGUCACCGCGGACAAGUGGAGCGUCGUUAUCUUGUCGGUUUCGUGGCGCAUGCAUCGGUUACAUGUCUGGAUCGCGCUGACCCCCAGACAGUCGGCGCUCGGCAGGAUGACCAAGGACCCGGGGGCGCUGCGCAGACCGACGUUCACCGUGCGCGACGGGUACCAUCUCGACCAAGUCAACCACACCAUGUGCAGCGACGUUGAGCGGCGGUACUUCCCAGAGCUCAUUCCGCCAUCGUCGGCGCGAGAGGACGUCGCGUCCCGCCCAAGUCCCCGACCUGCUGCAUUGGAACUUCCUCCAUCGCCACCUCGCAGGCGGUCUUCGGUGCUAGACUGCCCGCAAACGCUGCCUCCAAACACGUCAAUGCAUCGGCGCGAGUCGCUCAAGGAAUGUUCACCGAUUGCGUCGUGGCUGAUAUUUCGCCACGACAUGGAAAGCGCAAGGACGAAAGCAGGUAAACUGCCGCCAUUCUUGUCAACUCCGACAAGCCCCCCGACGUCCGGACCCCUUUCCCAGCGGUAUGCUCAACCCCUUGGCCAUGUGCGUCACCGCCACAUCAAACCAUCGUCCAAGACGUCCCUCUUGCCCAACUUGCCGAUCCCGAGUCGUCGCCCGAGUGGGGCCGCACGCCGACCCACUCGGCGCACGCGGUAUGACACCGAGAAUAGCAUGAUUCGAAAGCGCACGGUGAUCGCGGUGGCCGACCCCCACUCGUUGUCACUGGGCGCGCGCAUUUUGCACUUUAAGAUCGCCCCGCACGAACUGCAGGCGGUCGUGAAGCGGGAGGAAGGUCGAAAGCGGCAACAUAUUGCUGACCAUGGAACAAACCUCGUGGCUCGAAACAAACUCCUCGUCGUGACCAAGCCAUCCAACCAAGAGGAGCGAUUUGACCUCGAGCGGCAGCGCCAGGAAGCGUCCAAGGCUCGGGCGGCUGCCCACCACCAACUCAUGGCCAGUGUGCUGGCGUCGGGGGUAGAUCGAUGGGGCGCGCGCAAGAAGCAAGCCGAGCUGGUACGAGCACGACACCAUUGGGCUCGCAAGGCGCUGGUGGUGGUUGCGCUCGGGAAAGCUGCGCAUGCAUUCCAUGCUCUCUAUCGCGCAUCGGAGACGCGAAUUCGGGCCAACCAACAGCACCGCGCGACGAAGCGCAUCCAGCACUUUUGGCGGCGCAAGUCGCAAGCCAUCUGCCUCAGCCACGUCACGCACGCCCUCUUGGUGAUUCAAAAGUACAUCAUGAAGUGGGUUCGGCAAUAUCGGUUCCGCCGGCGUCGAGCCGCCGUCCACGUCAUUAUCACGUCGAUCGAAGAACUGCAAGAGGCCAAGUUCCGGCGGUGCAUCCUCAAGUAUCGCCAUUGCAUUCACGUUUUCCAAAGCAUGUGGCGCGGGUGGAUGACCAUCACGGAUGCCCGCAUCAAGUUGCUGCUCUUGCUGUGGGCAAAGCUCGAGAAGAAAGCACUUGACAAAGGUACGACAGCUCUCGUCCGGUGUUUGUUGGUCGGGUUAUCGAUCCUGGGACGGUAG